ACAGUAGACAGAAUCACUCUCCAUUUGAUUCAUUUACUCAAUUUUUAUUAACCACUUUGUGACAUUUUUCAAUCUUAUGUUUCUUUGUGAUAACAUUUUAUUUUUAUCCUAGGCGAAAAAUUUUUCUAUUUUGAGUGAUCCAAAUUGGAAUCUGGACCGAUGUUCUCCAAGAAGAAAUAAAGUGAUUGGUUAUCUUUCUCAAAGCGACAGUCGAUUUCAUCUAAUCGGCAAAAAUUCAUAUUUUUCUCUAGUGUGAAAAAAGUGAAAGAAUAAUGGAGGUUUUAAUGCAUGAGGCAUCGAAGGGCCCGGACGAAAAUGAAAAUUCGACAUGCACUACUUAUUUGGAGCAAAGUUUGAGAAAUGAAGAAAUGGAAAUAAAAGACAAAAAUCCUCAGAUCGCGUUGAUUAAAAAAGAGGACUACAUGGACAUUAUAUUCGAGAAUAUAACGUACAAUGUUUCCUUGGGAUUUCGAAAAGGAGCGAAAGAAAUUUUACAUGGCAUCAAUGGGAGACUUCCGGGAAAGCAACUAAUUGCUAUAAUGGGACCUUCUGGAGCCGGUAAAUCCACAUUACUCGAUAUUCUUUCCGGAUAUCGAAUAACCGGUGUGCAAGGCACUGUUUACGUUAAUGGUCGAAUUCGAGAUUUGAAUUCUUUCAGAAGGUGUAGUGCGUAUAUUACACAGGACGACAGAUUGCAGCCUUUACUGACUGUCACUGAGAAUAUGAGAGUGGCCGCAGAUCUCAAAUUAGGAACAGAUACUCCAACGGAACAGAAAAAGAAAAUUAUAGAUGAAAUCUUAACCACCCUAAGCUUAAAUGGAAAUUUAAAAACUAAAGCAGAAAGAUUAAGUGGAGGUCAAAAGAAGCGAUUGUCCAUUGCGCUGGAACUGGUCAACAACCCCACUGUAAUGUUUCUGGAUGAACCAACAACAGGUCUUGACAGUUCUUCUUGUAUGCAAGUUGUGAAUUUGUUGAAACUUCUUGCUUCUCAAGGAAAAACAAUUGUGUGCACUAUUCAUCAACCGAGUGCCUCUCUUUUUCAAUUAUUUGAUCAGGUUUAUGUACUAUCUGAUGGAGAAUGUUUAUAUCAAGGAGCAGUUCAUCAAUUAGUUCCGUAUUUAGACAGCGUUAAACUUCCUUGUCCAAUGUAUCACAAUCCAGCUGAUUAUGUAAUUGAACUGGCUUGUAAUGAAUACGGAGAAGACAAAGUAGAAUCUAUGAUUUGUGCAACACAAAAUGGAAAAAGUUUACAGUGGUUCGACAAGUCGCUCAAUUUAUUAGAUUUAAGGGCACUGAGAGCCGCAUUUCCGGAGAAAGAGGAUCGUAAGAACGAAAAGAGUAUUAUAGCUUCGAGUCCGAAGAAAAAGUCGGAAGAAAGCUUACAAGCAACAUCUCAGUUACAUCAAUUGAAGGUUCUUCUUGGUAGAGGAAUGAUUAAAGUUAAAAGAGAUCCGACCUUGACGCAUUUGAGAAUAAUUGUAAAUAUUUGUACGGGACUUAUGCUUGGAUCUCUCUUCAUUAAAGCAGGAAAUGAUGGGAAACGUGUAAUUGACAAUUAUAAUCUUCUUUUUGGUAUUCUUAUGCAUCACAUGAUGACCACAAUGAUGUUGACUAUUUUAACAUUUCCUACGGAAAUGAGUAUUUUGCAAAAGGAACACUUUAAUCGGUGGUACAGUCUGAAGGCUUUCUACGUUUCUGUGAAUAUAAUUGAUAUCCCAGUCUCAGUACUUUGUUGUACGAUAUUUUCCUUUAUUGUCUAUUUUAUGUCUGCUCAACCUCCUGACGUGACAAGAUUUUCCAUGUUUUUCACAAUUAGUUUAUUGGUAUCUUUCGUUGCCCAGAGUUUUGGUCUUAUGAUUGGAGCAGUAUUUAAUGUAGUAAAUGGAACUUUCUUGGGACCGACUAUUUCUGUACCAAUGAUGAUGUUUGCUGGUUUUGGUGUUACUCUACGUGAUAUGCCCGGUUUUUUGAAAUGGGGCACUUAUGUCAGUUAUCUGCGAUAUGGACUGGAAGGGUACAUAAAUGCAAUUUAUGGACUGAACCGAAAGACACUUGCCUGUAAAGACUACUGCCAUUAUAAAUAUCCAAGAAAAUUUUUAAAUGAAAUUGCCAUGAGAGACGAUCAAUUUUGGAAUGAUGUAAUUGCUCUCAUUGUGAUACUCUUCAUUACUCGUUUUCUAGCAUACGUUCUCCUGCGAUGGAAACUUAUGGCAGCGAGAUAAAAAAAAAAAAAAAGAAAGAGCAUUUUAUUCCAUUGGAAACAAAAUACUCGAAUAAUUGAAUUCGUUCAGUUGAAACUUAUGUAUUCGACAGUUUUCUACAAUUAUUUAAUUUAGAUCUCGUUUUUCUGUAUUUCAUAUUGAAAAUUUUGAGAUCAACUUAAAAGACUUAUUUCAGAAUUAAUAAUUAAUAAUAGAAAAAAGUAAAAAAAAAAUUUGCUAAGUCUUUUAAAAUCAAGUUAUGUUAUAAUUUUAGAGUCAGUAUAUUUUAAUGGUUAUUUAUUUUGCGUAAUUAUAUUUUAGACUUUAAAAAAAGGUUGGUAAAGAGAUAUUUAAGUGAUAAAGCAACUUUUUGUACGUUUAUGUAUAUAUAUCAAUGAUAAAAUAUUUCCUAUUUAAGUAAAUCUUAAGAAAUCGUU